GAGGCGAUGGAAGUGGCGCCUUCUUUCGGAAUAAAAAGCGCGGGAAGGCAAAAGGCGGACUGACGGGAAUGGUGUCUGCAAUGAUUCCAGGGGCAAAGGUCGACUCCAAAGGUCGGGUUAUGGUGAAUGUAGCAACGUCAAAAGAAACGCUCACGUUCAAUAUCGGUGGAGUGCCGUUUGAAACGUAUAAAUCAACGCUGUUCCGUUUACCGAACAGCCCAUUAGCCAACUGGAAAUUCCUCGAGGAGCAUUACCGACCGGAAAAGAAGGAUUACUUUUUUGACAGGGACCCUGAUGUUUUCCGAGCUACACUGAACUAUCUUCGAACAGGGGAACUCCAUAUACCGUCUUACAUCUGUGGUCCGGCCGCAAAGAAUGAACUAGAAUUUUGGGGUGUGAAACCUAAUAAAAUUGAAAAGUGCUGCUGGACCAAUUAUAACGACUGGAAUUCCACACUUGAGGCCCUAAAUCAGCUUGAGCACGACAGGAAAGGGUCAUUACUUACCCUCGAAGUUGACAAGCACAAGGAAAAAACAUGGUGGAACUUAAAUCAACCAAGAAUAUGGAACUUCUUGAACAACCCUGAUAUUUCGCUUCAAGCUAAACUGUUUGGCUUUGUAUCUUUAUUAUUCGUCAUCUUGUCCAUCUUCUCAUUCGUGGCCGGAACGACGCCGAGUUUCCAGAAUAUCGAAAUCGCCCAGUCUACCGGUGUCAUCGCCAAUAUCACCAACAACGAAACUACCCCAAACAUCACAACCGGAAGUACUGAUUCCGCUUCCGGAAGAUCAUCUAAAAAUACACAUCCCGCGCUUUAUAUCAUUGAUAUAAUAUGCCUUGUAUAUUUUACCAUUGAGUAUAUACUUAGAUUUGUCUUUGCACCGAAGAAGCUGCAGUUUAUGACGUCACUGAUGGGCGUAAUUGAUUUGAUAGCGAUUCUUCCAGAUUACAUUGAAAUGAUUGUGUAUGCGGCUAAUCCAGACAUUAGUAGCAGCUCCAGUGUAGUUGGUUUCAUUACUAUCUUCCGGAUCGUACGUGUUUUGAGGAUAUUUCGUCUGAUCAAACACGUGCCUGGACUCUGGAUCCUCGUGUACACGUUGAAAGCCAGCAUUGGCGAGCUCGUACUUCUCACGUGUUUCAUGUUGGUUGGCAUACUUUUGUUCUCAUCACUCAUUUAUUUUGUCGAAGAACGCGCAGACUUUGAAAGCAUUCCCGAGGCGUUUUGGUGGGCUUUGAUCACCAUGACAACCGUUGGUUACGGUGACAUGUAUCCAAAAUCAACUCUAGGAAAAUUAGUCGGGUCUAUAUGUGCUAUGUCCGGUCUACUUAUGAUUGGAUUUUCGGUCCCCGCACUUGUCAACAAUUUCAUGCUUUAUUACAAACACGUACAAUUUGCCCUCCAAGCCGAGAAAGAACAGUCGGAAUCAAAAAAUGGCGGUGAAGACAGCGAAAGUUCCUCGCGCAAAAAUUCUGCGAAUCAAGACAAAGACUUUUUUUCGAAAAAAGAACCGGAAAUGUUUCCACAAGAGAAUACAGACAGGGACGCUAAUGACAAUAAGCGAGAAAGCUGUCCUUUGGUGUCUAUUCAAGUUGAAGAUGAAGACGGAAAUGUCGUCUGUCCAAAUAAUGGCGUCGCAUAAUGGCGUCGUAACUGAAUAUAUAGAGGACAUUCAAGUUUUUCUAUAAAUACAGGACUUAUUUUUCAUGACUGGCAGUAGCCACGAGUGAAAUAUGAUAAUUUUCCUACGAGAUGAAAAUAAAUCCUGUAUUUAUAGAAAAAACUUGAAUUUUCUGUUUAUAACAUACAAUUUGAAAGAACCUUAAAAUUUUGUGAACUGGCAGAAUUUAAAAGAAUUUAAAAAGUCCGGCAAGACACCAGUAAAAUUACGGAAAAUAUGUUUCACUGCAGUUAAAGAUAUAUUUUUUACAAUGAAAAUACGGAAAAUGAAACUACGCAUUUUAUUUCAUCAAUAUUUUUCAAUACUUCAUUUAUUCAUUUAUAAGUAUGAGAAAUUCUUUUACUCGCACGUAUUCGUGUUCAUUUAGACCUCUAUAUUU